AUGACAGCAGAGUCCCGCAGCGAUCAAGCUCUUAAUGAUCCCUUUACUGAUAUAUAUACUGCUUAUUCGCAAGUGACGGACACGACGGCCAAUGAUAUCGACCUUCGAAAGUACCCGCUUAGCUGGAAAACCGCUAAAAUAUAUAUAAGCGCAUCGAUAGGAGGACUGCUGUUUGGAUACGACGGAGGCGCGAUUGCUGGGCUUUUGAUGUCAAUUCGUCCCCGAGACUUAGCAUUACAAGAACUCAAAGAUUAUCAAAGAGGUCUCAUCACUGGAACAGCAGGUUUGGGUGCCUUCGUCGGCUCCAUCUGUGCAUUCCCGCUGGCUGACCGUUUGGGCCGCAAGCGCACAAUCGGACUGUGUUCUGUACUUUUCACAUUGGCAGCAAUUGACAUGGCAUUGGCUCAAUCUCUUCCCGUUCUUGUUGCAGGUCGACUCGUGCUGGGAAUAGCUGUGGGCAUCGCGGCACAAUGCAUACCAAUUUAUCUGAGUGAGGUAUCUCCAAGCUCUGCCAGAGGAACGAUUUUGGCUCUCAACACCCUUGCAAUUACCAGUGGCCAAUUAUUCUCAUGUGUACUUUCAUGGCUAAUAUACCAUAAGACCGGUGCGUGGAGGGUACUUUUUGGAUUGGGUGGGUUGCCUGCCAUAAUACUACUUUUACUUCUCAACUCGCUUCCAGAAUCUCCGAGAUGGCUGUUACUCAAAGGAGACCCGCGGGCGGCUCGAAAAUCACUACAGGUCAUCUAUCCCAGAGCAUCUGGAAUCGAAAUAGUCAACAAAAUGGUCAAUAUUGUUCGCAACAUGUCGAGCGUUAGCAAUAAUUUGGAAGAAACAAGGCCACUGCUUUGUUCAGACACGUCAUCUCGCUCACUGCGCAAUAGCUCGUUUGACUUGGACGCUUUCACCGCCGAAACUGCAAAUAUCACGGACGUAGUUCGGUCGCAGGAUAGUGGAAGUUUCAAGAUGGACCCAAGGACACGCCGAGCACUGAUCGUCGGUUGCGUUCUCAUGUUUUUCCAGCAAGCAACAGGCUUCAAUGCAUUUGUUUACUACUCACCUUUCAUUUUCUCUAAGAUUGGCGUCAAGGAUCCACUUUUACCUGCAGUCGCUGUAGCGUCCAUCAACUUCUUCUUCACGAUUGUUGCGAUGUAUGUUGUCGACAAAUCCGGCAGGCGAAAUGUUCUUCUUAGUACCAUCUGGAUUAUGACUUUGGGACUCGUUGUCAGCACCGUAGGAUUCCAGUACAAGUUACCUGCUGUAUUUUUGACAGCACUGUUGGUGUAUGUGGCAGCUUAUGCAGUUGGGAUGGGGGCCAUUCCAUGGAUGAGUGUUGAAUUUUUGCCCUUGAACCAGCGGUCGUUUGGUGCUUCUUGUAUUACAUGCACCAAUUGGCUUACCAACGCGGCUUUAUCGCUUUCUUUCCUUCCCUUGGUCAAAGGUUUCGGCAACGAAUAUACUAUGUCUUUGUUUGCCGUAAUGACUGCCUUGGAUUGGUGCUUUGUCUACUUCUGGUAUCCUGAAGUCAAAGGUUUAUCAUUAGAGGAGAUUGGACAGGUUUUUGAGAACGGUAUAGAUGUCAACUACGUGUAUAGAAAGUAUCAUUAA